AUGCCGCGGCUGCCGGUGAAGAAGCUCCGCCGCCGGGCCAAGCUGCUGCUGCUGCUGCUGCUGCUCUGCGCCGCCGCCUGGCUCACCUGCGGCCGCCUGGGCCCGCGCCGCCGCGCCCGCCCGCCGCGCUCCGGGCGAGACGGCGAGAAGCCGAGCAGCGUGACGGACGGCCGUGGGGCCCGGGCGGCUCUGUCCACGCAGAGGGCCGAGGACUCCAGCGAGAGCCGCGAGGAGGAGCCGGCGCCCAGCAGCCAGGACCUGAACCCACUGUUUCCCGGGGCAGCGGGAAGGCCGCCCCCCCUGAACCUCACCCAUCAGGCGCCCCCCUGGCGGGAGGAGUACAAAGGGCAGGUGAACCUGCACGUGUUCGAGGACUGGUGCGGGGGCGCCGUGGGCCACCUGAGGAGGAACCUGCACUUCCCGCUGUUCCCUCACACGCGCACCACGGUGCAGAAGCUGGCCGUGUCCCCCAAGUGGAAGAACUACGGGCUCCGGAUCUUCGGCUUCCUGCACCCCGCCAGAGACGGAGACGUCCAGUUCUCCGUGGCUUCCGACGACAACUCCGAGUUCUGGCUGAGCCCCAAUGAGAGCCCGGCGGGCGCCCAGCUGGUGGCCUUUGUGGGCAAGACCGGCUCAGAGUGGACGGCGCCCGGAGAGUUCACCAAGUUCAGCUCCCAGACGUCCAAGCCCCGCCGGCUCAUGGCCUCCCGGAGGUACUACUUCGAGCUGCUGCACAAGCAGGACGACCGGGGCUCCGACCACGUGGAAGUGGGUUGGCGCGCCUUCCUGCCUGGCCUGAGGUUCGAGGUCAUAGGGCCCGCCCACAUCUCGCUGUACACAGAUGAGUCCUCCCUGAAGAUGGACCACGUGGCCCAUGUUCCGCAGUCCCCAGCCAGCCACGUGGGGGGGCGCCCGCCGCCCGAGGAACCCAGAGCCGACAUGCUGCGGCCGGACCCGCGGGACACCUUCUUCCUCACGCCUCGCGUGGAGCCCGCGCGCCUGGAGGACGUGCUGGAGCCGUGCGCCUACGCGCCCACCUACGUGGUCAAGGACUUCCCCAUCGCCCGCUACCAGGGCCUGCAGUUUGUAUACCUGCCCUUCGUCUACCCCAACGACCACACGCGCCUCACGCACAUGGAGACGGAAAACAAGUGCUUCUACCGCGAGUCCCCGCUCUACCUGGAGAGGUUCGGAUUCUACAAGUACAUGAAGAUGGACCGGGAGGAGGCGGGGCCGGACACGGAGCAGGCGCAGCGCCGAGCCUUCCUGUUCCUCAGCCCGGAGGACUUCCUGGAGGAAGAGGAGGAGGGGGAGCUGCUCACCAGUCUGGAGCCCACGGAGGGGUCCCCGGUGCAGAGCCGCCGCCCCCCCAGCCCUGCACCCCGCACUCCUGCGCCCCCGAGCCCUGCGCCCCCCUCCGAGGCCGGAGCCGCGCCCGCCGCACCCACGCCGCCCCUCAUGGAGCGCUCCGCCGCCCGGCGCUCCCGCGUGCUCCGCUGGGCCCCUCGGACCCCCCCGCGGCCCCUGCUCCUGGGCCGUCCGCCCCCGCGCCCCGCCGCGCGGCCGCCCCCCAAGGUCUACGUGACGCGGGUGCGGCCGGGCCCGCGGGCGCCUACUCGGACCCCGGCGCCUCUGGGUGCAGGCCGUGCGCCCUGGCCGCGCUUCCCCGGCCUCCUCCCGCGCCCCCGGCCGCGGCCCCGCGUGCGGCUGCGGGCGCCCCCCCGCCCUCCCUGGCCUCCGCCUCGGACCGGAGGCCACAGGACCAGCGGCCCGCGGGCCACGGAGCCCAAGCCGCCUGCCGGGGCGCCGGCCUCGCCCGGCAGCCGGGCACCACCGCUUGGACCCACGGCCCCUGCCGAGGACUCGCAUGCGCCCCCGGAGGCGCGCCCGGCUCCCGCCUUCCUGAACUUCUCCCCGGUGGCCGGGCCACGGCCGCCCGGGGGGCAGGAGGAGGAGGAGGGGGAGGACGAGGCCCCGGAAGACAGCCAGGAGGACGGCCAGGAGGACAGCCAGGAGGCCGCGGGCCGCUGGCGCGAGGAGGCCAUCGACUGGCAGCGCACGUUCAGCGUGGGCGCUGUGGACUUCGAGCUGCUGCGCUCCGACUGGAAUGACCUGCGCUGCAACGUGUCCGGGAACCUGCAGCUGCCCGAGGCCGAGGCCGUGGACGUGGUGGCCCAGUACAUGGAGCGGCUGCACGCGCGCCACGCCGGGCGGUUCGCGCUCCUGCGGAUCGUGAACGUGGAGAAGCGCCGGGACUCGGCGCGCGGCAGCCGCUUCCUGCUGGAGCUGGAGCUGCAGGAGCGCGGGGCCGGCCGCCGCCGCCUGUCCGAGUUCGUCUUCCUGCGGCUGCCGGGCGCCCGCGCCGGGGACCCCGACUGGGAGGAGGAGAGCCCCGAGCCCACGGCCGCUGCCCGGUCCGCCGCCCCCGCCGCCUCCGCGCGCCCCGACGGCCUCCCCGAGCUCUGCCGGCCCCUGCGCCUGGCCUGGCGCCAGGACGUGACGGUUCACUUCAUCGUGCCCGUGAAGAACCAGGCGCGCUGGGUGGCCCGGUUCCUGGCGGACAUGGCGGCGCUGCACGCACGCACCGGGGACUCGCACUUCAGCGUCGUCCUCGUGGACUUCGAGAGCCAGGACAUGGACGUGGCGCGGGCGCUGCGCACCGCGGGGCUGCCCCGGUACCAGUACCUGAGGCGAGCCGGGAACUUCGAGCGCUCAGCGGGGCUGCAGGCCGGAGUGGACGCCGUGGAGGACGCCAGCAGCAUCGUGUUCCUCUGCGACCUGCACAUCCACUUCCCGCCCGGCAUCCUGGACGCCGUGCGCAAGCACUGCGUGGAGGGCCGGCUGGCCUUCGCGCCGGUGGUCAUGCGCCUGGGCUGCGGGAGCUCGCCCGCCGACCCGCACGGGUACUGGGAGGUGAACGGCUUCGGCCUCUUCGGCAUCUACAAGUCGGACUUCGACCGCGUCGGAGGCAUGAACACCCAGGAGUUCCGGGACCAGUGGGGCGGCGAGGACUGGGAGCUCCUGGACAGGGUCCUGCAGGCAGGGCUGGAGGUGGAGCGGCUGCGCCUGCGGAACUUCUUCCACCACUACCACUCCCGGCGGGGCAUGUGGGCCACGCGUGGCCGUGGCCGUGGCCGAGGCCGUGGCCGUGGCCAGAAGGGCUCCCAGGCGGAGGGAGCUUGA